AUGGAUGAAGACAAACAGCAGAGACAAGAACUGGACUGUCUCAGACUGUCUCAGACUGUCUCAGACUGGAGAGGACUGGAGAUGGACAGAGGUGACAGAGAGUUCGAUGGGACUGGAGCUCGGCCCCUGGGAGCGGCUCGGCCGUCAGCCUGGGGGAAGCUGAUCAAAGUGGACAGUACUGAUGAAGUGCUGCUGUUCAACAGGGAGAACACCGUGGGCCGAAAGAUAGGUUGCGAUCUGUCCUUUCCAUUAAACAAGAUGGUGUCAGGAGAGCACUGUAAAAUAGCUUUUGAUGAAAGCUCUGGAUUAGUCUGGCUUGAAGACACAAGCACUAAUGGUACUGUGAUCAACAUGUCAAAGCUGGUUAGAAAACAGAACCAUGUACUGCAACACGGAGAUAUCAUCCACUUUGUGUACAGAAAAAGUGAGCCUCAAGAAAAUGUGGCUUAUGUAUUUCACCUCCUUCAUUCAGAACAAGAAGCGUCCCACUUUGCAUCUGACCUAACAGAACUUGUCACAUCAUCUGACAUGAACCUCUCUGUGUCUCCUGUAUUACUAACCAAACCACCACAAGGUUUGACCCAAGACGAACCGCUGCCUUCUACCUCCACUUCUAACUACUGCAUCAAGAACCCAGCCAUGUCUGUCCAGGCUUCACCAUGUCUGACUUCCACUGAGCAAAAGGAUCCUGAUUCAACACAGGAUGAUCACAAAGACCUCUUGGAGCCCGAAAUCAAAAGGAGAAAAACUCACUGUGAUUCACCGCCCAGUAUUGAAGAAUCAGGACCAAGUAUUAGAAGCCAUGCCAAUGUUAAAUGUAAACUACAAACUGAAGCAAAGAAGACUGACAAAAUGGAGGAAUCACUGACUUGCAUCAUUUGCCAAGACCUCUUGUACGACUGUGUUAGCUUGCAGCCUUGCAUGCACACUUUUUGCGCGGCCUGCUACUCUGGUUGGAUGGAGCGUUCUUCUCUCUGUCCCACUUGUCGCUGUCCCGUGGAGAGAAUCCGCAAAAACCACAUCCUCAACAACCUGGUGGAGGCCUACCUCACUCAGCACCCGGAAAAGGCUCGCAGUGAAGAGGACACGAAGAUCAUGGACAGUCGAAAUAAGAUAACCCAUGACAUGUGUCAGCCCAAAGUGGAACGCUCCUUCUCUGAUGAGGAGGCCAGCUCGGAUUACCUUUAUGACUUGUCCGACAAUGACAGCGAUUCGUCAGAUAAUGGGCAGCCCCUAGUGAUGUGCAGACAGUGUCCUGGAUACAGAAGUGAGGUCAGUCAGGUGCUUCUGACCACAGGCUCCAGUUACUGGCUCCCAGGUCUGUCUGUUCCACUCAUUCCAUUGCCCCUACCCACUCAACCCAAGUCCACCACAGAGGAGCUGACGAGGAGCGGCAGCGAGCAGCCCUCAACCUCUGCUGAUGUAUUGUCAGCUCCUGCAGCCUCUCAGCAGUACCUUUGCUCCCCUUAUGCCUCACACAUCAUCUGUACCUGCUGCCUUCAGCCCAUGCCGGAUCGAUUCACUGAGCAAAAUGCACAAAACGCACAGAAGCAUCCUCCUCAGCAAUGUACCAUUUGUAUGCGUUUCUACUGUCACAUGUACUGGGGGUGUCCGAGGGUUGGCUGCCACGGCUGCCUGGCCCGAUUCACUGAUCUGAAUCUGACAGAUAAAUCUUUGGAUGGCGUGCUCAACAACAAUAAUUAUGAAUCCGAAGUUCUUAUGAAUUACCUGUCGAUGAGAGGGAAGAACUGGAGAGACGUGCUGCAGGAGUCUCUUGUGGGGCUGGAGCAGGGUAGCUACACUCUGACAGAUAGAGGCAUUUCUGCAAACGCUAUCAUGUGCUUCGACUGCGGAGUUCGUAGCUUCAGAGAGUUGGCCUAUAAGUACAGGCAGAACAUCCCCCAGUCGGAUCUGCCAGCCUCUGUCACUUCUCGACCUGAUUGUUACUGGGGUCGUAACUGCCGGACCCAGGUGAAGGCUCAUCAUGCAAGGAAAUUUAACCACAUUUGUGAGCAGACACGGUUUAAAAGCUGA